AUGGGAAAGCUGUACCAGGUCGUGGUUUCUGGAGUAAGGGGUGGGAAGGUGAUGGUCGACCUGAGCAACACUGAGGAGCAGUUUAAGAGCAUGACAGUGGAGCAGCUGAGGGAAAAAAUAAGACAGAAGUUUCCAGAGACUGCAGCUAACAGGUAUCAUGGGCUGAUAAACCAAGGAUCCACGUGUUACUUGAACAGUGUGCUGCAGGUGCUGUUCAUGACCGAAGACUUCAGAGAGGCUGUGACAAGGAACUCUGAAGAAAUUCCUCACCCUGAGUUUCUUGAUCAUCAUCUGAAAGCCUUAUUUGAUGACUUACAUAACUAUACAGCAUACACAUAUAAAAUAACACAGAAGCUGGGCAUCAACAACGUGUAUGAACAGCGUGAUGCUGCAGAGUACUUUGAGAGGGUUUUAGGAAUGACCAGCCCUGAUGCAUCAGAGAUCUUCCAUGGUCAGUUAGCAAACAAGACCACCUGUUCUAAAGGUCAUAUACAGACUGACGGAGAUGCACCAUUUUGGCAUCUUCCUCUUUCACUGGUGGAUUCCUGCAGUAAAGACUACAGUGUGGUGAAGGGCAUUGAAGAGUUUUUUAAACCUUCAGAUUUCUGUGGAGAAAAUCAGAUGUACUGUGAGCAGUGUGAUCACAAAGUUGAUGCUACUAUGACAGAUGUAAUAAAGCAUCAUCCAGAUGUUUUGUGUCUGAUGCUGAAGAGGUUUGAGUUCAACUAUAAAUACAUGUCAUAUGUCAAAGUCACCUGUUCAGUGGAGGUUCCCUACACCCUGCAUAUACCAGAGAGUCAGACAUAUGAACUGUAUGCAUUUGUGGAUCAUUUUGGGGAUCUGAGAGGAGGACAUUACACCGCAACAAUCAAGAUCACGGAGGAACAUGGAGACAGAUGGUAUGAGUUUGAUGAUACCAGGGUCACAGAGCUUGAUUUUCAGCCAUUCCAGCUGGAUAACACUGACACGUCCCAGACUGCAUAUCUUCUGUUUUACAGGAAAAAGAAAGCUGCUGUGCUUCAUGCUACUGGUAUUCAAGACUUCAAAGAUUUGUCCACCAGUGAACCACCGACCAUCAAUAAUGAACAUGAUCAGAGUCAAGAUGGGAAAAAUAAGAGAAAGAGAAGGAGAGAUGGAAAGGAGACAGACACCGAGAAUAAUCCAAAGGUUCCUUGCUUAAGAGAAGCAGAGGGAUCAUCUGACACUCGAGGCACUGAAAAUGAUGACCUGGAUCAAAAACACACAGCAGUGGAUGAUGUUAAAAAUAACGGACCAGAUAAUAAUCCUGAUUUGAAGUCCCCAGUCAGUGACACAUCAGCUGUAUGUGAUGAUCUCAACAGACAAAAUGAUAUGACUAGAUUAAUGGAUAAUAAAUCAGGAGAAUAA